UCCCGACAUCCCGAGCACGUGUAUGUACUGUCUAUCUAUGCGUCUCGCCCCGCGUCUCUGAGGGGUGGGCCGAGUGCCAAGCCGUCGGGGCAGAGAGCGUGGUGGCACUAGAAGUCACUGGCACUAGAAGGCACUCGGCGAACACACACGCGAAGCGCCUUGAGCCUGCAUUUCACUGUGCCAGGCUCACUCACCGCUCGCCGUCCGCUCAGUGAAGCUCUAAGAUAUCUCUCUCUCUCAUUUACUAGCUGUUCAUAAAAUAGCAGCUUUGACGUGGAUUACUAUAGACUCAUACAAAACAACACACACAACAGCCGACUUCAGUGGUGUUGCCAUGGAAACCGUCGGGAACUUCUCAGAGGAAUUUUGGAACAAGGAGGCGGGAGAUUUCAGUGGAUGGGAGAUUGUCAACCAGCGAAUCAAGGAGAGUAACAAAGUAACUUCGCUUUACGUCGGAUUCCUAAAGCAAGUGUCCUCAGCAAUGGAGGCUUUCGGAAAAUCGCUGCUCAGAGUUACACAUAAUUGCACACUUCCGGACACAGAGCAUGGACACCUGAGAACCUCCCUGGAGAGAAUAAGGAAAUCGGUGGCGGUCUGGGGCCAGGAUACCGUCGACGCCGCUGCCGCUGUCAACGAGCAGGCUGGUCUGGUGAGCGGCCACGCCACGCAGGCCAAGGAGCUGCGGAAGAAGACGGAUGACGNNNACAGACUGAAGCAAACUCAGCUGAAGGACAACCUCAAGAAACUGCAUCAGGCCAAACGUUAUGCAAAGAUGAAGAUGAAGGACCGCGUUGAGGCCGAAUUCCACCACAUGGUGGUGACCAACAAGAUCGAAUCUAAACCCCGCGACCUGGAGAAGGCAAUGCAAGGGAUGCAGCGUGCAAUACAGACACAACAGGAAGCAGAGAGUCAGUAUAGCGAAGCAGUAACGACCACAAACCAAACUCUUAUGACUUUUACUGAUACGGCCAGCCUAUCAUUCACCACCAUGCAGAACAUCGAGGAGGCGAGAGUGAAGCUUUUGCGAGAAUCCCUGUGGGCGGUCGCCAACGUCUGUUCUCUUCUAGCUGUUCAAGUUGAUGAGCAACAGGAGUGCUUGCGAGCGGACGUGCUUGAUGUGGACGUGGCUCACGAGCUUUCGUCGUGGGUCCUCAAGCACCGAACUCUGCAGUCAUCCCCUCUCCCCUUGGUCUACGAAGCCACGCCCUACUGUCCUCCCUCGGGGCUAAACACGCCCCUUUCCACGCCCCUUUCUUCGCCUGCGUCCUCCGCGCGCUCCACGCUGACGAGGGACGCGAAUGACAGCGAUACUUCGAGCAACUGCGCCACGCCCACUUCCUUGUACGAAGCCAAAGCCAUGUUCCGAUUCUCUGCAAGGAGCGACAGUGAAAUCUCCUUGGUUGAGGGAGAUAUAGUCAGGGUCAUGAACGAUUCAAACACCGACUGGGUGUUGGUGAGAAAUAAACACGGGAGUGAAGGUUUUGUACCAGCCACCUUCGUCAAACCCAUUAACCUCGAUUAAUGAAGCUCGCCACCAUCAAGUCCCCCACCGCAAAUUCUGCGGGUGCAUCCUUCCUUACCCGUGACGACCGAGCGCAGAUUGGCCUGGAUGCGGAAGGGCCUCUGGCGUGUGACCUGAAGGAAGUGAUUCCCC